UGGUUACCUAUGUGAUAGAGGACAUCCUAACUCCUUUAAAGAAAUCCAAAAAUAUCACUAAAAUGUCAAUACUGGAUACAGAAUUUAUAAUUUCAUUUGAUUUCAUUCCGUAUUCAUUCAGCAAUAAUUUAAGUAGCAUUAUUCAUUUCAUUAAUGAUUCUAAUAAUAUUAGAAAAGGCUAUCCAGGCGUCUGGCUUGAUAAUCUUGGAGUUCAAGUUUCAGCUCUGAUUAAUGGUACUAAUUUCAUAUUUGGCAGUUAUGCAAUUCCACUAAAUCGAUGGUCAAAAAUCGAGAUCAGUCAAAUUUUUUCAAAUGGAAGUUAUUUGUAUAGAAUUCAAGUAAACAAUGUAUACUUUAUAUCUUCAAUAAACACACAAGUUCAAAGUUUUAAAAAUGUUAUAAUAUAUGCUUCAAAUCCAUGGGAUGUUUCUCAAAAUGGCUCAAUAAAAAACCUUUAUGUUGCCAACAAUCAAGCAGUUUUGUCAAGUUGUUUGCUACAAUGGAGCAACUGGUCAAUGUGCAAUACAUCAAAUGGCUAUGGAUUUACUAACAGAACAAGAUAUUUGGGUGAUAAAUGCUAUACAGAACAAAAACAAUGUUAUGUAUAUAAAGCUCCAUUGUGGAAUGUUUUUAACGCAGUUUCUAUGCAAGGAAAUUCGGUCUUCUUAAACUUACAAAUUUAUCCAACAUUCAUAAAACCAUCAAAUGUUAGUUUAGAGUUUGAAUAUUUUUUACCACCUUUUUUUGCGUUUAUGUCUGAUAGUGUUGUUCAACGCUUUGUUAAGACUCAAUCCAAUCGACUUAAGUAUUCAUUCAAUGGAAAUUUUACUUAUUCGGAUUUAUUUAAUUACAAUUUUACUGCAACUUAUAACAACUCGCUGUGUCCAAUCACUGGUGUAUUUAUAUUGCAAAUUCCCUUGAUAUUAUCACUCCAAGUUGAAACAGAAAAACGUGAGAGAAUAGUUAGAACAUUUCAAAAACAAGUUGAAUGUUACAACAAUCCAAAAAUACCAAUCAGUCCAAAUCAAGAAUUUCUUAAAGAAAGCUAUGGGCGAGGAAUGUAUUGGGAUGAAUAUAACAAGCAUAUAUAUGUAUGUAUGAGUCAACAUUAUCCCAGUACAAAACCUGUAUGUUAUUUCUCGGAUGAUGAAGGAUAUUUAUGGACAGCCAUAGAUGUUCAGGUUGGCUCCGUUCUCGGUCGUCACUCGGUAACAAAACAACUUUACGCCGUUCAUCGAAAUAGAAAAAUGUAUUUGAUAUUUCAUAAUUACAACAAGAAAUGGUUGUCAAUAUCAAAUCAGCAAUUUUUAAACAACGUUUUUAACCAACUCAAUUCAAUUUUUGUAAAAAAUUUAGAAGGCGAUAAUGAACAAAUUUAUACUCUUGGGCCAUAUCAAUGGUUAGGAAACGCCGAAGGACUGUUUUUCCGAAAGCUGAAAAGCGAUUCAUGGAUACAAAGAGUAAAGUGGAUACUCUGAAUAUUUUUUUUGUUAAAAUUCUACUGAAGUUUGUAUUUAAAAAGAUGUAUUUAAAAAAGAUUAUAUAAAAACUGUAAUCUUUGCAUUCCUGACAUUUACUUUAUUACCGUUUUCGUUUGACCUCGUUGCGUAUGGCUAUGGAAAUCUAUUUUCGAAACAAAACAAUUCUUGAAUUGAUGAGUAUUAUUAAUUAAUGUUGUACAAUUUAGUAGUUUUUUAU